AUGAAGCUAAUCGGUUUAUUCGCAGCGCUAUUGGUAGCUGCUAGAGCAUCCCCCACUAGCAAUACGUCGCAGCCAAGCGUCACGCUCCCUCAGGGUGUUGUGGUGGGCACAAGCAGCUCUGACGACAGCGUACACAAGUAUUUAGGUAUUCCGUACGCGCAACAGACCGCGCGUUUCGAGAAAGCCGCGCCGAUUCAGUCGCAGUCGCAACAAACUCAGAUAGAUGCCACGCACUGGAAGAACAAGUGUAUUCAAACAGACACAGGUCUCGCAGCCAUGCCCGACAACGAUAUGGAAGAUGGGGAGGAUUGUUUGUAUGCGAAUGUGUACGCCCCUAGAAACGCCCAAUCACAGGGCGGCAAAGCGGUGCUAGUGUGGAUCUACGGCGGUGGCUUACAGACUGGAAAUGCGGGCAAAGCCGACUUGGACGGUACUUCUUUCGCUGCAAACCAAGACGUUAUCCUGGUAUCCUUCAACUACCGCUUGAAUGUCUUCGGCUUCUCAAACGCCCCCACCCUCGACCGCGCAGAUGUGAAUGUAGGCUUUUACGACCAACGCCUAGCUCUGGAGUGGAUACACGCCCAUAUCGCGUCAUUCGGUGGUGAUCCUGAGCGCAUUACGCUGAUGGGCGAGAGCAGUGGCGCUGCAGCUGUCGACCGACUCGUGCUCAACCCACCUUCUGUGCCUAUCCGCGCAGCGAUCAUGCAGUCUGGCCAAGCGACAUUGUCGCCCGCGGCACACAACAACGGUGCCGAAAAGUGGGCGCAGGUAGCCGCAUCUGUGGGUUGUGCCAAUGAUGCCGACCAAGCUGCCGAAUACUCGUGCAUGCAGAACAAAGACGUUACAGCGCUCAAACAGGCCGUUCAGCAGCUCGGACUGAGCUUCUAUCCCGUCAACGACGAUAUCACCCAGAGCGCUACUCCACUCCAAGAUUCCGUCAAGGGAGGCAUGGGUGCUCAAAUUCCCCUUAUAAUCGGCACUAAUGAGAAAGAAGGCAGUCUUUACGUAGGCCCUUACAUCCAGAGCUCGAUUGAUGGAGAUGGUAAUAUCAACACUACUAUGCUCGCAGAAACCAUCAAUAGCUUCGGUAUAUUGCCUGACACUCUCAGUGGCCUCGUCAAACCAUACUUGGACAGUCUGCUUCUUGUCUCACCGGAAACACUGUUUAAUACCCUCUCAGAUUUGGUCACCGCGGUUGUCUUCAAAUGUCCCGCUAUGGAAACUGCUCAUGCUCAUAUCUACCCAAGCGAUGCACCCGUCUAUAGAUACCAAUUCAGCGGGACUUUCCCAGACACAAGGAAAUCCCUUCCACAGAUUGGUAUUGAGGAUAUUGGUGCGUAUCACACAAGCGAGAUUACUCUUGUGUUCGGUACAUACGAGGUCGCAUCAUCUACUGAAAAUGAAAAGGCUUUGAGUGCAGUGAUGCAGAGCUACUGGGCUAGCUUUGCAAAGGAUCCAUACAAUAUGUCUCAAUGGAACACAAUCAAUCAUCUCCACAUCAAUGACAUGGCCUGUUUCGGCUGCGAGGGUCAUGAGGCGGGGGUAAAAACCAUUUCUGAGUUGGAAAUAGACGGUGACUGUCUGGUUCUCGACAGUCUCCUCACUGCUAACAUGCCUCUUUUCUAA